AUGGAAAACGAUCAGGGUAUCCUUGUUGAUCUCUAUGUCCCCCGCAAGUGCGCGGCGACCAACCGACUCAUCACGGCAAAGGACCACGCUUCAGUGCAGAUUAGCAUUGCCGAUGUCGAUGCGGACGGUCGGGCUUUGUCUACAUCCACCACCUUUGCCCUCUGCGGCCAAGUCCGUGCGAUGGGUGAGAGCGAUGACUCUCUCAACCGGCUGGCAACCAAGGCAGGGUCGCCUGCCGCGGUCGGCAAGGCGGAUCGCGGUGGCUGCCAGCAGCGCCCCAGACGCAAUAAUGGGAACGCUGACAACGGGCCCCGCUACUCCUCCUUUACCUCCAUGACUUCCGAGCCCAGUCUGUCAGCGCCGAGACACUCCCAAGAUGAUGAGGCUCGUUCGUUGCGAGCAGGAGAGUUGGAUGCGCCUCCCAAGUCUAGCUCAUCUCCACUUCUCCCGGACCUGGACCUUCCUCAGUCCAAGCUGGACCUGACCCUGACCUUUGAAUCGAUCCUGUCAGACCCGACUCCCAGCAGCGAGGAUCCCGAAAUUAAGGCGGUAGAGAAACGGGCGAGCAAUGUGUUCAAGCUGACGCAAGAAAACGCGAAGCUGCAGGCCGAGCUGAGGGCGAUGACGGAGAGGCUGGAGGCGGCGGAGCGAAAGCAGCGCGAGCUAAGCCAGCGAGGGAGUCGGGAGCGGGCUCGCACGCCCUCUCUCUCCGUCUUCCUCUCCACCACAUCCUCGUCCAUCCUCAUCUCUGCGCAACAUGGCCAGUCGACGCCCCUCCAUCCUCGACUCCCCCGUCCCGGGCACGUUUGCGAGCAGGCGUCCCUCCGUCUUGGACUCGCCCUCCUCGCGCCGUCAGUCGGGCUUCUCCUCCCGCCGCCCCUCGAUCGACCCAUCGAGGCUGGUGCCAAUGGACAAGUUCAGUCUGAGUUCACUUAUGUUCUGUCCCGACUUGUUGUGCCGUCUCUUAUGGGAUCGAGUGUAUCCGUUGUGAACAUCAAUAGCGUCUCUGGCUUAUUACACCGUCAUACAGUGCGCGCGCACAUGCUUGCAGAUAUCACAACAGCUGGGAAAUUGUUCUAUCGCUCAGAUCUUCGAUUCAGACAUGGAACCGUGAUGGUGUUCUCCGUGAAACCUAGAGAUUCCGAGAUUCCGUCCUCGAUCUUCUCUUUGGCGCACAUCUGGUUGUGGCUUAUCUUUGUCGGCGCGGGCAACAUCAUGUUCGGCUCCGACGAGGGUCCAUGGAAUCACUCCUUCCGCUUUGAACACAAACUCGGCCCGCGCCUGAAGGUCGUCGCCCUCAUCGACCCCGCAAUCGACCGGGCAACCGCCGUUUUGCAAAAGAAAUGCGAGACCUUCGUGCGCUCCGCCUACGAGAACACGCGCGUCUUCCGCACCCUGGAAGACUUUGUCAAAAACAUGUCGCGCAAGGACACGCCUCGCGCCGUCAUCGUAGGAAGCCCGCCCAUGUUCCGUGGCACAAUGCAGUCCGGGCGCGACGUCGAGUUGCAGAUCCUCCGUUACUUCCCCGGCGUCGCGAUGUUCAUCGAGAAGCCCUCGGCGACUGGCCCGUCAAGCGAGAUCGAAGAGGCGUUCAAAGUCGCAAAGCACAUCACCGAUAGUAGUACUAUCUGCUCUCGCCACAGAUACAUGUUGCGAUACUUGAAGGCCGUGCAAAUGAUGAAGCAAAUCAUCAACGACAACAAUCUUACUGUUAUGGCCACUGUUGCCCGCUAUGCCUGCGCAUACGAAGCCAUUGCCAAGCCCGAUUGGUGGGACAAGUCCAAGAGCGCGGGUCCUAUCAUCGAACAAGGAACACACUUCUGCGAUCUUUCUCGCUAUUUCGGAGGCGAAGUUGACAUGACCACCGUCACCGCACAUUCGCUUGAAUGGGACGAGAAUGCUGGCCAUCUCUCAAAGAUGGUGGUCGACGAGACCGCCAUUCCUCCUGAAAACAGGAUUCCGCGUGUAACUGCUGCUACCUGGAAGUACGACAGCGGUGCAGUCGGCAGCUUCACUCACCUCGUGGCUCUGCAAGGUCAUGACUACAGCUGCGAGCUAGAAGUCUACGCAGAUGGAUACCAGUUGAAAUUAGUGAAUCCCUACGUCCAGCCGGUCCUCUUUGUCCGUAGGCCAGGCAGCGAUCAUGAAGAGUCUUACCGAUUCCCGGACGACGAUCCUUUCUUCUCUGAGAUAUCGGUGCUCAUCGACAACAUCGAGGACAUUGAGGAGGAUCCAGAAACUGCGCAGAUUCUGAGCUCCUUCGAGGACGCAUGCAAGACCUAUCAGCUCACCUGGGCCAUUCGUGAAGCCACAGAGCGCAACCGCAAACUGAAGUAUGAUGCUGGCGCGGAGAAGUGA